AUUAUACAAUUAAAAAAAUCGCUCACAUCGAACGCCAAAGUGUAAACAACCAGAGAGCGACUCGAGAAUCUCUCUCCUUAAAGAACCAGCAUUAUUUUGGUCGUCAUGGAGAAGGACCCAAUAUCCUGCUCUGACGAAACCACCAACAGAUCAAGACCAAGAACGAAGAACAAGAAGAGAAGAACAUCAACAUCUUCAUCCUCCUCUUCCUCAACAUCACCAAAUCACGUAGAAGUGAAGAAGAAAAGGAAAAGAACUAAGUCAGCGUCUUCAAGGUCCUCCUCUUCUUCCUCCUCCUCCUCAUCUUCUUCCUCCUCAUCGUCUUCAUCGUCAUCCUCCUCCUCAUCUUCUUCCUCCUCUUCAUCAUCAUCAUCUGAGUCAUCAGGAUCGGAGAUGGAAGUGAACAGAGUGAAACUGAAGGACAAAGCACUUAAGAAAGCCCUUAAAAAGAGAAAGAAAAGAGAGAAGGUACUGAAAAAGAGACUCAAGAAGUGCAAGAAGCAGGCGAGAGAAAAGCAAAAGAAGUCCAUCAAAAAGAAAGUGAAGAAACUGAAGAAGAAGUUAAAAAAGCUGAAGAAAGACAGGAAGAAAGAGAACAAGAAGUUGAAGAAGGAGAGCUCACACGAGAAGACAAAGAAGGAUUCAACUGAACAGGGAAAACCCGACUCUAACAAGGAGAAAGGGCAGAGGCACUCCAAGAAGAAGCCAGAAGUGGUGGAGAAUGGCUCAGCAAUUGGCCCAAGCGUCGACAUGAUGAUGACCAACCAAGCGACGGCACCAAUGACAAGAGAGGAUUGGGAGAAGCAGGAGAGUGUCCUACGGCGUGUUUAUGAUCAAGAGAGUGGGAGACAUAGAUUGAUAAAAGGAUCUGGGGAAGUAAUGGAAGAGUGUGUGAGUCGUGACCGCCAUCGUGCCAUCAACAAAGCUGCAACUCAGGCCGAUGGUGAAUUCUUUCAGGUCUCAGUGAAGUCCCGAGCAUCAAAAUAGCAGCAGCAUUUUAAAGCUGGGAGGUUUUAUUUUCAUCACAGAUGUCCUUUGAAUGAAACAAGUGAUACUGAAGCUUUUGCUAGACUGGAUUGAAUUGUUUCUUUUGUUAUGUUUGAAUAUAUUGUUAUUCAGCCUCAAGAAACUGUUGUAUAGGUUAUAUAUUUGGGGGCCUUGUUAGCUUAUCUCACUCUUCACUCUUUCUCCCAUUCAAUCUGUUUCUUAUUUUUUAUGUGGUGAUAACUCUAUGACAUGUCAUUAUAUUUUUAUUGUUGAUAAUCAUUGCUCAUUAGUUUUGAUGAGUUAUUAAUUUAUUUGAUUAUUCUUUUUAUGAGAUGAAAUUCAGGGUUGGGUUUUUAAAAGACAAAAAUAUUGCUUACUUUUAUUUUCAUGUUAUCAUUAUAGAUAGAUAUGAUUUAUGUGGUACACAUAUGAUUCAUGAUUAUCCCUUUUUCCAACAUCAUAGCUAGAUUUUUUUAAUGUAGUUUAACUGUUCAAAUGACAAAAAUUAAGAAAAUUUAAUUAAUUGCAAAACUUCCAGCUGUCUGUUUUUUACUCUCAUUGUCACAAAAAGGUUUGAAACUGAAGCAUUUGGAACAGUCACUUAAGUUUUUUUCUUUCUUUCUUCUUCUUCUUCUUCUUCUUCUUCUUCUUCUUCUUCUUCUUUUUACCUAUUUGCCCCCUCUCAUCUUCUCACAUUCCCCCUCACUGCUCUCCCUCACCCCUGACUUUUCUUCUCUCCCGCCUCUCUUCCUCUUUCUCUCUCUCCUUCUCGUCCUUCCACUCUGUCUCCUUCUCUUUCUGUUUUCUCUUUCUCUUUCUCUCUUCUUUCCUUCUCUUAUUUUUUCCCCUUUCCUCUCUCCCUCCUCUUGCCCUUUCUGCCCCUCUCUCCUCCUGUUCUCCUUUCUUACUUCCUCUCUGCCUUUCUCUUGCUUUGUCUCAUUUUCUCUUGCUUUGUCUCAUUUCUCUUGCUUUCUUUUUUUUACUCAUAUUUAGUACUUAUUAUUGGGCUAUACAAAAUGAAUGUAUGACUAGAUAUGUUACUAGCCAUAUAUCUGUAUGCACUUUUUACAUGUUUGAUAUUUACAUACACCAUAUAUUCUUGAAUACACAAUUCAGUGCAUUUAGGACUUUAUGCUGAAGAAACACUGAUCCUUGUAUGUAAUGGACCUGAGUUUCAGUAUUUUCUUAUAUGAUUGUGAUAUUCUUCCAUCAGUCCAUUUAUUGGUUAUUGGAGAUUUUUUGCCUAAAAUGAGCCUUAUCACUUUCCUGUAUGUCUUUCCAUUAUAAAUAUUGUUAUAAGUUGGGUUUGUGGAUCUUCUUUUUUUUUUGUUUUUUUAAUUUAAGAUUAAGUGUAUGCUGCUCUGGAGUAUUUCAUACAUCUAGGAAGUCUUUCAUGUUUCAGUUUAUGUUAUUUUGAAUGCAAAUUUAUUUAUUUACAUUAUGUGGAUUUCCUGGGACAGAAUUGCAGCUUACAUAAAAAAAAUCCUGUCUGACCAUAAUUCCAUGGAGUUCAGUGCAUUGUAUGUUGUAUUAUAUUCUAUAUAUUACAUAUCCAGGGUUUUGUGUUGUUUUCACGCUCACGCACAUGGAGAGAAACACAUGCGCACACACGCACACACUCACACACUCUCACACACGCACACACGCACACACGCACACACACACACAUAUAUACUGAAAACUUAUGCAAACACUAUAUAGAUGUAAGUACACAAAUAGGUCUACUGUAAAGUACUUGGAAUGAAAAUGUGAUAUAUGGUGUACUGCACUCCUUUCCAGAUCUCCAUGAAGUACCUCCUCUGACAAUACCUUUUUUAUGUUCUUUCUCUUUCUAUAUUUUGUGUGCACAGGAAUUUCCCAGAUCUCGUUCCAGAUAGACUGAGGUUAACUAGAAUAAUAAUGCUGCCAUGUGGUGUAGGAUUAAGUUGUUGUCAGAGUUUGUAUUAUAUUUACACAUUUUUGAUGUACCCAUAUGAAAGUUUUUGGCUCACAUAAAUGACUUUUUGUAAUGAGAAGUGAUUGUUUUCUCAGACAUUAAAAGCCUUUGAAAUAUUAAGAUAAAGAAACAGAAUUUUAUUACUCAUUUUGAUAUAGUUAUCACUUAUUUUUUUUAUUCUUCUUGUUUUGUUUGACAAAGGUUUAUUAUUGAAAGUAUGAUGACAUGUCAUGAACUUUCAAAAAUGGUAUGUGAAAUAUAGAUUUUCAUGUAAAUUAUGGUAUAUGAGAUCCUUUGAUUGCUGAAGUCGUAAAAACUUUCUUUCAGUUUGAAAAUGUUUUGUAUACUCUUAACGUAAGAAUUGAGAUUAUAAGAAUAAUAUGUCAGCAUGAUUUGUUGAAAGACAUAUUUUUCAGCCAAGAUGUUUAGUGUCUCAUACUCACACCUUAUUCUUCCUUCUGUUUCAACCAUCUUUUAAGAAAAGGGAAAUAUGUAUAUUUUGAUAAAGUUCAAUGCUUGAAGUAUAUUUACUCACAUUUU